UGAAAGUACACAAAUAACGGUUAAAACUGUUUAUGUUUUCUUUGUGCAUUAUAUACAUUUUUCUGUGAAAUAAAGAGAAAAAAAAAUCAUUUUAAUCAUAAAAUUAACAAAACUACAAGAUAAAAAUUUAAAAGUAAGCCCUGCAUUUACUAUGGCAGCGAAUCCAACGGAGGAAAACUUUGACCAAACCGAGUUCGACGAGGAUGAUUUGGGAGAAGUCCAGAUCGAAUCUACUGCCGGGCGUAAGCGCCUUUUCAGCAAGGAAUUACGAUGCAUGAUGUAUGGCUUUGGAGACGAUCAAAACCCGUAUACCGAAAGUGUUGAUCUCCUCGAGGAUUUGGUAAUCGAAUUCAUCACUGAGAUGACACAUAGGGCAAUGGAAAUUGGUCGCACAGGUCGUGUUCAAGUCGAAGAUAUCAUUUUUCUGGUUCGUAAGGACGCCCGUAAGUAUUCCCGUGUUAAGGAUUUGUUAACGAUGAAUGAAGAGCUAAAGAGAGCUCGAAAGGCAUUCGAUGAAAUUAAGUAUGUUGGGGCAGAGGCGAAGAUUAAGUAGGGCUAGGUUGAAAUAACAAAAAUAAAAUCAGCCUAAUAACUAUA